AUGGCAUCUCGUGUAUCACAAAUUGCUAGCCAUCUCAAUUACCCCAAGGGAAUGCUUGCUGGUCAAGUAGCUAUCAUUACUGGGUCUGGUCAGGGUAUUGGUGCGGAAACUGCUAAACUCUUUGCGAAUGAAGGAGCAAAAGUGAUUAUAUCCGAUAUCGAUGGCGCCAAAGCGGUAUCCGUCGCCGAAGAAAUCAAUUCCGCAGAAAGCGGCCGCGCAAUCGCAGUCCCGGGCGACAUGCUCGAUGCCGAAUACCUCAAAGUACUCGUGAAGAAAGCCGCAGAAUUCGGAAACGGAAAGAUACAUAUGAUAGUAAACAAUGCCGGAUAUACAUGGGACGGCGUAAUCCACAAGAUGACCGACAAACAAUGGGAAAAUAUCCUCGCCCUCCACAACACCGCCCCCUUCAGACUCAUCCGCGCAGCCGCUCCCUAUUUCCGCGUCACGGAUGGCGAACCGCGAUGCAUAGUCAAUAUAUCCUCGACAUCCGGUGUGCACGGUAAUGCCGGACAGGCCAAUUAUGCGGUGGCGAAGGCGGGGAUUAAUGGACUUACGAAAGUUAUUGCGAAGGAGUGGGGUCCGAAGUUUGGGGUUAGGUGUAAUAGUGUAGCGUUUGGACAUAUAUUGACGAGGUUGACGGCAGCGAAGGAAGAGGGGGCGUUUGUGACGACGCCGGAUGGAGAGAAGGUUGCGCUGGGUAUACCAAGGGGUCAGGGGAGUCAGGGAGUGGAUGCGAAUGCGGAUAUUCCGUUGAGGAGGGCGGGGACGGCGGGGGAGGCGGCGAGGAGUAUUUUGGCGGUGGCUAGUCCGUUGUUUGGGUAUGUGACGGGGCAGACUAUUAUGGUUACGGGUGGGAGGAAUAUGUAG